UUUUUUUUCAUCUCAAAGCCAACAUGUUAGUAACUGCACAUAGAGAGAGGUUAACUGUGCGGGGGGAAAAAUCUGUCAGAGUUUCUUUAAAGCAGCCCUUUGAUUAACAUAGAUCCACCCAGUGGUUAUCCAGUUACCGACCUCUCUCUGACUAUUGGCCGGACAGAGUUAAUUAUGCAAGGUAGUGAAUCCCCUGUGGGGGAGGUGGGGCCAAAAGCUGAAAGAACUCUUUUGGCAAGCAGAAUAGAGCUUUUAUUGAGGAUAUUUCUAAGCUGACCUUCAGGGACCAAAUCACUGGAUUGUUUUUAAAAAAGGAAAAAAAAAAAGAAAAACAUCUCAGCUGAAUCACGCUGCUCUCCCCCCACACCCCUCUUCUUUCAUUUCUUUCCCUGUUUAAUUUCAGUGAGACAGACUGUAAGCUCACGCGGCGGCCGGCAGCAAGCAGAAUGCAAGGAAUCUGCUGUAUUUCCCCGUCUCGCGCAAGAAGCCCAGCUUGCUGCUGAAAGGACGAGUGAGAGGGAGGCAGAGGCAGAUCCAAGGAGGGGGCAGCGGUCGGGGAGGACUCCGGCUUCGCUGCGGCUCAGAGGAGGAAAAAGCGUCCGGUCUUGUCCUGUUCUGCUCCACUCUGCACUUGUUGCCUGAGGUGCGUGAGCUCCUCCCUCCCUUCCACGGUGCCUGCUGUCAGCUCCAUCCCUGGGCGGCCGAGGCCAUGCUGCUGCUGGUGCUGCAAGCCCUCCUGCCCUGCUUCUGCACCCUGCUGCCCGGGGUGGAACCCGCCGUGUCCCUGGAGGACUUCUACCCCUUCGGUCCUGACCAGGGGGACGCCCAGACCACCGCCCAGGACGAUGGAGGCUCCGGGCUCCGGGAAAUUUCUGUUGCCUUCCCGUUCUUUGGUGACAGACACUCGGGACUCUACGUUAACAACAACGGUCUUGUGUCUUUCCUGAGGGAGGUCUCUCAGUUUACACCGGUGGCUUUUCCAAUUGCUGGCGACAGAAGGGUGGUGGCGCCGUUCUGGGCCGAUGUGGACAACCGUCUGGCAGGGAGCGUCUUCUACAGGCAGAGCCAGGACGCUUCCGUCUUGAGGAGGGCUUCAGGUGAUGUCAGGACGUACUUCGCAGAGUUCCCCGACUUCAACGCAACAUGGGUGCUCAUUUCUACUUGGCACCAAGUCACUUUCUUUGGAGGAAACUCCCAAACGCCGGUUAAUACUUUCCAGGUGGUGCUGAUUACAGACGGAGCGCUUUCCUUUACCAUAUUCCAGUACAAUAACAUCACCUGGACAACAGGGAGGCAUGCCAGCAGUGGAGGAAACCUUGUGGGAUUAGGGGGGAUUGCAGCACAGGCAGGCUUUAACGCUGGCGACGGCAGGCGCUACUUCAACAUUCCGGGCUCUCGCACCUCCGAUGUGGUCGGCUUAGAGGAAACGACCAACGUCGGCUACCCGGGCAGAUGGGUCUUCAGAAUAGACGACGCAAACGUGGAAGUGGGAGGCUGCAGCUCUGCCUCGGUGUGUCCGCACCUGCGUCCGUGCCUGAACGGAGGCCAGUGCAUCGAUGACUGUAUUACAGGCAACCCCUCCUUCACUUGCUCCUGCUUGGCUGGCUUCACCGGGCGCUGGUGCCAAAUUAAUGUCAACGAGUGUGCUUCCAAUCCGUGCCAGAAUGGUGGGAGUUGUAAAGAUCGGAUUAAUGGUUUCAUCUGCGAGUGUCCUCCCGGAUACAUGGGGGUUCACUGUCAAACAGACAUUGACGAGUGCGAAGACAGACCAUGCCUUAACAACGCGUCGUGCGUACAAGGCAAUGGCAAUUUCACCUGUGUGUGUGAGCCGGGUUUCACCGGGGUGCGCUGUGAGACAGACAUAAACGAAUGUGAAUCCCAGCCGUGUCUGAAUGGAGGAGAAUGUGUGGAUCAGGUGACCGGCUUCACCUGCGCGUGUCUCGCUGCGUUCACUGGGACUUUCUGCGAAACAGAGCUGAUGAACUCCACUGAGCCACACAACCAAACAGUAGAAUGCCUUUGCCAGAAUGGAGGCGUCUGCGUGGGCAUCAAUGGAACCUGUGAAUGCCCUCCAGGCUACACCGGAGCCUACUGUCAGCUUGGAAUAACUCAGACCCUGUGCAGUAACAGCAGAACAUGUCCUGAUGGAAGUCCCUGUUUGGAGUAUGGAGGAGCUUAUCUUUGUACGUGUCACAUUGGAGUAGAGCCUGAUCAUAUGGACUUUUACCCUGUACAGCCCCAGUCGGUCUGCGACUCCUCGCCUUGUCUGAACGGCGGGUACUGCUACGAACGAGACGGAGGCUACACCUGCGAGUGCAGAUAUGGAUACUCUGGCAAACAUUGUGAAAAAGUUAGACUUAAUACAUGUGCGUCGAGCCCCUGUCGUAAUGGAGGCUCCUGUAAGGAAGAGGGAGGGAGCUACAGAUGUGUGUGUCCUUACAGAUUUACUGGAAAACACUGCGAAGUGGGAAAGCCAGACCCCUGUUCCUCCACUCCCUGCCAAAACGGUGGAACGUGUUUUCACUACCUAGGAAAGUAUAAAUGUGAAUGCACUGACGAAUACAGCGGAAAAGACUGUCAAAUAAGCCGGAGCUUACUACAUCCCUCUGCAGAGAUUAACGAGUGCUUAUCACAGCCUUGUCUCAACGGCGGUUCUUGUCAGAACAAGAUUGGGUCCUAUAAGUGUGUCUGCAAGGACGGCUUUAGGGGAAAAAGCUGUCAGAUUGACACAAAUGAAUGCCUCUCUGAGCCCUGCAUGAACAAGGGGACAUGUGAGGAUCAGCCUGGUUCCUACUUGUGUCGCUGUCCACAAGGCUUCAAAGGCCAGAACUGUGAAAUAGAGCAAGAUGGUUGUGAGUCCAGCCCCUGCCUGAACGGAGGCGUGUGUCGGGGUUACAGACAGUACUACGUGUGUACGUGUAAAGACGGUUUCUUUGGGGAACGCUGCCAGAUGUUGGAGGACCCAUGUGUGCUGAAACCUUGUGGAACUCGAGGCAGCUGCUGGAGUGACAGGAGAGGAAACUACAACUGUGUCUGCAAAGUGGGCCUCACAGGCAAAGACUGUGAGAAAGACCUGUUACCCCCGUCUGGUCUCCAUGUACUGCGCGUGGAGGAGAACGAGGUGGAACUGCGCUGGGAUCAGCCAGACCACUCCCACCGAGUGCUCAGCAUGUUCGCUGUGACCUACGCCCCCCUGGGCAACAGCACCCCCAAAACGGACUACCUGGACAAGCAGCGCUCCACUCACGUUCUGCGGGACCUGGAUCCCGGCAUGCUGUACAACAUUUCCACCGUCUCCAUCAAACUCAAAGCCUACGGCAACGACACGAGCCAGCCUGCCACUGCGCUAAUUCGCACAAGACCGCAGCGGGUGGAAAAGCUGCAGCUGCUCAAUGUGUCGUCCUCGCAGGCCUGGCUGAGCUGGCUGGUCGAGGCUGCUCAUCAUGCAGCCGUCAGCAGGGUGCAUGUCUCUUUAAUGCCUGCAGAUGGGACCGAGCCUCUCACUGUUGCACUCAACUCGAGCGUCACUGAGCACACUUUCAGUUCAUUACAGGCUGGUCACAUGUAUACAGUGGAUGUUUUGACUCAAAGUGGGAUCAGGCCAGAUGAAUUUCCUUCCACCAGUCACUCAGCAGGACCUCUGCAAUUCUGGACAAGGCCUUAUCCCCCACAGAAUCUUUCCCUGUCGCAUGUGACCCCCAAUUCAGCACUGAUCACCUGGAGCCGCCAUCCGCGACAUGUCCCAGAUGGUUUUGUGAUCAACGUAACCCGUGGUCUGAAUACCAGGAGUCGCUUCCUGCCUAAUGGGAAGUUAGGUUCGUACACACUCCGUGAGCUGACACCAGGACAUCACUACUACGUCGCUCUCAUGUCUGUCAAAAGCACGGGACAGGAACAGAUCCACAGCAUACCGCAGCACUUAUCUUUUACCACCUUGCCAACGCAGGUCAGACCUGGGAGGAGGGAGCGGCCCACGGUAAUGGGACGUGGGAUCCAGACUGUGCGCGUAUUUCCCACAUCUCACCCUCAAGACCUGGGCGGCAGCACGGAAAUAAAGAACUCAGAAGAGCUGUUCAGAUACACUGAGCUGGUUGACCGGAGGGGGAAGAUAACGGCUAGGUUUUCCCACUUAACGCCGAAAGUGAUCCGACAUCGUACCAGACUUCCACCUAUCAGAUUAGAAAAGAUGGAAGAAACAACAAACAAACUUAGCCUUGCAUUAGAGAUGGAGGAAAAAGCUUUGAGAACACAUCCUGAGUCGCCCCAGGACUGCCGCAGUCUGCCCUGCCAGAACGGAGGGACGUGUGUGAACGAAAGGGGCUCCGUCGUGUGCAGCUGUGCAACGGGUUUCAAGGGCAGACAGUGUGAACUGUUGUGCCAGCGAGUGCCCCACCCAUGCACCCGGCUCUUCUCCGAGACUAAAAGCAUACCUGUCUGGGAGGGCGGAGUGUGCCACUAUCAGUACAAAAGGACAUAUAAGGUACAGCAGGACGUGUGCUAUCAGGAGAUUUGUGAGCCAGUGAAAAGUCAAACCGGAAGAGCAAGCAGACACCAGUAAUAGUGUUUGUUUUUUUUUUUCACAAGAAAAAUCAAAAGCAAGCUGGAUGCUGAUGAAAGUCAUCACUGUCAUGUGGAGAACCUCCUAGCUACAUUUUUGGUGUAUAUAAUCUACUUGAAUUGUCUGAUUAUGGUGAUUUUUUUUUUUUUUUUUUUUUUGUCCUGAGAACCCCUGUCAAGACCCACCGUAACCAUUUCACAACCGUUCGCUCAUCCGGAUACAGAACUUCCAUCCUCGAAGUUUCGUUUGCAGGAAAAGGAAGGGAUCGACGGACGACUGACCCCCACGUUAUUUAUGACGUUUGCUGGCAGAUACUAUUUUCACACUUUUUAAGCAAAUUUGGAUAAGAGACCUUAUAUACCUCAUUUCCAUGCAGAGACACAAGGAGAGGGUUUGAUUUGUGCUCCAGCUGCAGGUUUGUCCCUCAGGGAAAUAAUCACAGAAUGCCCAGAGUCCCUACAUUUUCCUCAUGUGUCCUUAUGAAAUAAUAGAAAAUGUACAAUACAUUGUCACCACGGCCCAUGAAUUGAUCUCCUCUGCCCUGUGUUUUCUAUGUAAAAUAUCUUACUCUGUCUUAGCGGGCAUCGCUGCUUGAUACUCUGUAAAUAGUGUUUAUAGAUCAUUUUGUAGGUGGAUAUUUUAUUAAUAAAAAUGGUAAAAAUGG